CAAAGUUCGCCGUUCGAUGCGUUCGGUUGCUAGGUGCUAGCUGUCCUGGCAAUGAAUGGCUGCUGUUGAGAGUCUGCUGGCAGACACUGAGAGACACUGGGGUACCGCAGCGUGCUGAGUAGACAUCAUGGCUCAGACCCUGCAAAUGGAGAUUCCGAACUUUGGAAAUAACAUCCUGGAAUGUCUGAAUGAGCAGCGGCUGCAGGGAUUAUACUGUGAUGUUUCCAUUGUUGUCAAAGGACAGGCAUUCAAGGCACACCGUGCAGUCCUGGCAGCGAGCAGUUCCUACUUCCGGGACCUGUUCAGCUCAAAUAACUGCACGAGCUUCGAGCUUCCCACAGCAGUCCAGCAGCAGUCUUUCCAGCAGAUCCUGUCCUUCUGCUACACCGGCAGGCUCAGCAUGAACAUGGGCGACCAGUUCCUCCUGAUGUAUACAGCCGGCUUCCUCCAGAUCCAGCAGAUUAUGGACAAGGAGACGGAGUUCUGCUUGAAGGUCAGCUCGCCGCAGUGCGACUCCCAGGGGCUCCAGGCAGAGGAGACCGCAUCUGAGCCCCCGAGCCCUGCCCAAGCCCCCCCCUCGCUGGCAGCCACCCCACUGUCACUGGUGUCGCGCGUCAAGACAGAGCAGAGCGAGUCGGACUCCGUGCAGUUCACCCCCAUCGGCAAACGGCUGUGGGACAGCGGCCUGAGGGAAGGGAACGGCAGCGUGGGAUCCAAGCUCCCGCGGGUCUCCCACGGAGGACCGGCAGGGAGGCAGCAGAGCUGCGGAGGAGGUGGACCGGGCAGCGCGGACCGCACCAGCCCUGGCACCUCCAGUGCCUACACCAGUGACAGUCCUAACUCCUACCAGAAUGAAGAGGAUGAGGAGGAGGAGGGCAGCGAAGAUAUGACCGAGGAGCACUAUAGGCAGAUCUGUAACAUGUACACCAUGUACAGCAUGAUGAAUGUGGGACAGCCAGCGACCGAGCGGGUUGAAGCUCUGCCUGAUCACUUGACCACAGAUGCCCGCUCAAGGGUCAGAAUGAGGAGAGAUCUGGCAGCAUUGCCGGCUGAACUCAUCACCCAGAUUGGAAACCGAUGUCACCCCAAGCUUUACGCGGAAGGUGAUCCCACCGAGAAGCUGGAACUUGUAACAGGAACUAGUGUCUUUAUCACUCGAGCCCAGUUAAUGAAUUGUCACGUCUGUGCAGGAACCCGCCACAAAGUCCUACUCCGAAGGCUGCUCGCAUCCUUCUUUGACCGGAACACACUGGCAAACAGCUGUGGCACGGGAAUCCGCUCCUCCACAAAUGAUCCAAGCAGGAAGCCUUUGGACAGUCGGGUUCUUAAUGCUGUAAAAAUCUACUGCCAGAAUUUUGCUCCUAACUUCAAGGAGAGCGAGAUGAAUGCCAUUGCGGCGGACAUGUGCACCAAUGCUCGCCGUGUGGUCCGCAAGAGCUGGAUUCCCAAGCUGAAGCUGCUGAUGGUGGAAGGAGACGCCUACCACUCUUUUAUAUCGGACACUACAGGGCUCAAUCUGGAAUCGGAUGUACUGAAUGCAGAGCAGGGUUUCGAGGCUGCCAGCCAUGAGGGUGAAGCAGGAUCUUCCUUGGAGUCAACCCAGUGACAAGAAUGAUCUGGAAGGAGGUGUCAAAAUCCAGGGUUCAACCUAGAAUGGCUCGUGAAUUGCAGAAUGGAAAACAAUCUGGCAUCUUGGCACACACAAGUAGCACAGAAACAACAAGAACCUAUUUAUUCUGCAUCAGUGAGUCUUCAAGAUGUGAAAGGGGUGGGGGGGAAAGGGGUUGGGUACUGUUAUAGGUUAGGUAUUGCACAAUUCCACAGGUUGUGGGUGGGAGGGGCACUUGAUAAAUAGUCAUGCCCAUUGCCAAGGGACUCUGCCUAGGUUGAACCCUGAAAGCUUGCAGCCUAGAUUAAUUGGGCAGGUUGAGGCAUCUGUCCGAAACGAAGACAGUUACACUUCCAACUCUCAGCUUGGUUUCCCGGCCCUCCUCUCCCUCUCUCUGUCUAAAGAUUUGAAGGUGACACUGUUAUGUGUUUGCGGGGAAACCAGAAAUCGACACAAACCUUGUGUCUCAUGUGCAUUUUUUUUUGGUUGUUUUACUAAAUCAACACUAUGGUAAUAUUUAAUAAUAGUCUCAUUAAGCUACUGUCUUGAAGGAUUUUUUUUCAAACUGCUUUUUAUCGCAUUUGCAAUAAUCUCUAACCCUUUGUGGACUGUCUAGCGGCUCUUGUUGAAUAGGGUUUUAACUAGUGAGUAAAGGCAGACUUCACACACUGAGAUUGCUGCUCCAUUUUAUUUAAUAUUUGCUCAAGUUAGUACCAAUGAGGGUUUUGGUUGCAUUAAUUAUUCCACAGAUUUUCUCUGCUAAAGCAUGCAACUUGAUUUGGAGCUGCAUCUUCAUGUUUUACUGAAGGGUUCCAAGUGAGUCAUCCUCCCUGGAAACCAAUUUUUUUUUAAAUUGCCUCCCCACUUACUUCAUGUUAGAACGUAUCCCAUCAAAUUCUUUUCAAAGUCCUUCAUUUGGUACGUUUGCUUCUCAUUGUCCUUUUAUAUAUCCCUACUGAGGGUGUUGUUAGCAAGGCCAGCAUUUGCUACUGUCCCCAGUUGCCCUUAAACGGAUUAUAUACCAGAAACGAACAAAGAAUGGCAAAUUUACUUCCCUGCUUGAAACCAUGGCUUUCUGCAACAAUCUGGUUUUCAAGGUUACCAUUACUGAUUCUAGCUUUUCAUUCCCAAUUUAUUUAAUACUGAAUUUAAAAUCCACGGCUGUUCUGGUGAGAUUUGAAAUCAUAACUCUAGAUCAUUAGAAUUUGCAUUGAUAGUCCACUAACUUAAACUCUUGUGUUGCUGUAACUCAAGUUAACAAAAAGCAUGUAAUCUUUUGUCAGAGGCAAAACAAAGUUUAAAAAGAAAAAGCAGGGCAAAUAAAGGGAGAAAUAUUCUGGAAAUUCCUCUCCAAUCCAGCAAGGUAUGGGACUUCAGUGCAGACCAUGGGUGGGUUAUCUAAAAGCUCACUUACCUUCUGUGUGAUCGGUCUGGCUGAGAUUGGUGCAUUCUGUAACAUCUCUCAUCAGUAUGUUUUUUUUCCAAUCAAAUUACAGUCCACUUUUGAGUACAGAAGUUGCUAAAAAUAAAACCAAGCAAUUUUCCUGCCUUUUCUUGGAAGGCUGACUGGCUUUAACCUUGUACAAGUUUACUUAUGAAAUUCUGCUAAAAUAAUUGUUAUUUGAAUUUUCAAAAUUUGUAGAAAAAUGUAAAGUAACACUAAAGUAAUACAGCUUUAAGACCAGUAGGUGCUGAUUGGGCAUAACUGCCUAGAAAUUCAAUUUGUGCUGCUUGUCUGCGAUUGUAUGCUCACAUGCUCCCAGCUGGCUAUGGUUGAAUGGCUUUAGACUUCAGACACCAUUGUCUAAAUUCCUACAGCAUUUUCUUUCUUUUUACAAUAUUUUUAUUAAUUCCACACAAAAAAAUAGAGUACAUGCAUCAAAGAGAGGAUAAAAUACUGCUGAAUAUAUUGUGUUAAGUCAUACUUGAGAUCACAAUACUCUAAUAAUCACAUAAGAGUUAGUUAAUAAAGAAAAAAUAGGAAUAAUUUUAUUAUUUAAAAAAUUCUACACCCACUACCAGAAACUGAACAGAAGCUGCAGCAUUUUAAAACAAAAAAAAAUCUCUGCUCGUAUAUACGCACAGAGCUGAACUUUCACAUCCAGCAUAAUUGAGGAAUCCCCAUCCCCCACAGAAAAUGUCAGGGUCUUCAAACCACAUUUACCUCUGCUCUCAAAUAAAGACCAACCCAGUAUGAAAAACAGAAGACGAUAUUAGCUGGCUCGGCAAUAAAACAGUUUCUUGUGCAGGGUUUCUCCAGCAAAUAUACCAGCCUAAUGCUGCAAUCAGCAGCAACUGUUACUGAUAUAGCAGGUGUUUAACAUAGACAAUGUCCCACAGAAACAUUGGCAAAAAUUGAUGGUAAACUGCGUUAGAGGAGAUCAUGUGAAGCUUGGUCAAAGAGAUCUGGAGAGGGGCUGGAGAUGUGGAUAGGUUUGGGGGAAGGAAUUGCAGAACUUGGGGCCUUGGUAGCUGAAGGUAAGGCCACCAUCCAAAUCAGUAAAGAGCUAGAGUUCCACCUGAGAUCUAGAAAGGUUAUAGUUUGGACAAUAUUACAGAGAAAGGGAGGAAUUUGGGGGGAAAAAAGGGCAAAAGCUUUAAAUGUGAGUCAUUUCAUAACAUGGAACUAGUCCAGGCCAGCAAGCAGGGGGGUGAUGGUGAACAGAACUUGUGUGAGGAUACAGGCAGCAGAAUUUUGGAUCGUGUAAUAUUUAAACAAAGGUAUAACUGGGAAGCUAUCGAAUAGUGCAUUAGAAUAGCAAAGUCUAGUGGCUUUGACAAAGAAGCUAGGAAUAUGUGGAAGGAGGCCAUUCAAUCCUCAUCCCUGCGCUAACUCUUACUUUCCAAUUAGUCCCAUGCUGCAGCUCUUUUCCUUUUGCUUGGUUACUUUUCCCUUCCAAUUAUAUGGUUCAAAGAUCCAACAGUAUGUUCCAGGUCACCAAGUUUAAACAAAAAAUGGCCUCAUUUACCCCAACAACCAUCUGAGUGUUCUGGUUGCUGAUCAUCCGACCAGUGAAGUGAGGUCCCCACCCUUCAAUUCUAUUAAAACUUCUCCACAACUAUGACAAUGCCCAUUAAAUCUCACCAUGACCUGUAAUUACCUAAUUGCCAUUUUCCAUUGGAGGGCUGGUUUAAAAUGAAUGUGGGUGUGAAAGUGGUGUGAUCAGUUAGGCACAGGCACUGACCUCUGAAUGCACAGCAGUAAAUUGUGGACAAUAUUGUGAUGGAAAUGAAACUGAAGUGGUCUGAAACUAUCCCAGGAGUUGCAACAGCAUAAUAUAUUGUGUAUAAUUUAGUGCUAUGAGGUGGCUCCCUUGUAACAUUGUUAAAUAUUGUGUUGGGUGUGUUGUGUUAUUGGUGAGGUGGUGUAGGAGAGCCCACAGCUGCAUCAGACACUCCUAUAACCUGACCUGGAAAUUCGUGAUGUCCAUAUUGUGUGUUCUCUCACUUUAACACAAAAUUGGCUGAGUAUGUGUUCCCAUGGCCAAAGCCAUCGAUAUGAAAUACUGGGCUUCUGCUCUGCAGGGGAUUGACCUGCUAAAAGUAAAAUGCUGCGUCAUUUUAAAUAUUUUUUGAAAUGUGUAGAAAUGGUAAUGACUUUCUUUAAUGAUGACACUGUAUGGAGAGAGCAAAGGAGAGAAGGUCUACAUUUCUGAAGCUUAAAGGAAGUUCUUCUUGUUUGAAGUGGUUCCAUUGUUGUCAUUGUAGGAAACACAAUAAUCAAUUGGACCUACCUGGUUCCUUCGGACAGCCAUGUGACUAUGGCUAGGUAACCUGUUUGGUGGUGAUGGUUGAGGGAAAAGUAGUGGCCCCAGUACAUUGGGAAAAGCUCCCCCUGCUCAUCUUUGAGAGAGUGCCAGAUUUCUUUGGUGUUCAGGUGAAGAGCUGUUUAAUAUCCCAUCUGAAAAAGUCCACCAUAGCAUUGCUGCACUCCCUCAGUACUCCACCGAGCAUCAGCCCAGAUUUGUGUGCUGAAGUCUCUAGAGUGAACCCACAUCUUCCUUACUGAUCCUGAUUCGAGCACACUACCAUCUGAGCCACAUUUGAUGUUUAGUUGAAGGAGGGAGAAAGACCCUGGUGGCAAAUACCCACUUUAGCAGAGAGAAGUUCUCAUACAGUUCUAUAAAGUCUCAGUAUUAUGGGUUUGAAAUCUAUUUUUUAAAAAAAAGUGUUGUGAAGUCUUGUACUGAAUCCAGAAUAGACCCCUCUGUGUCCUCAAAGGAAUAACACAGCCAUUGAAAGGCUUGUAUUAAUAUUAGCAGAUGAUUUCUUCCUUAGUUAUCAUGGUCAUUAUUGCACAGGGCAUUGGGCAAUCUCUUUCUCUAAUUAGAAGAUACCAUUCCAGUGAGCUCCAUGUGUAGAUCACAAUAGAGCCCAGCUCCAUUAUGCAUAGUCUGGUUCCAUUCUAACCUUUCUGAUGGUUUUCCUUGUUCUCCUGUUUUAACUGCUGGUUAAUGGUCAAUAUUACCAACCCAUCCAUGACCCAGUUAUCAGCUAGUUGCCCAUGGCGUGGUGUAGAUAAAAGAUGUGAUUCUUUCUGAAAGCAAAGUUUAAGGGAUGAUGUGGUCUUGGAUACUGUGAAGGCUACAGCAAGGGCUUGUGAUCGAGAGAUAGAAGGGGAUGGGUCUAUUGGGAAAUUCCAGUUAGUGACUCCACCACAGCCCAACAUUCAAUAAUGAGGCUGUCCUUGAGUAUAGACUAUUGGGGUGGUGCAGCAAGUAGAGCCAUUACCUCACAGAGCCAGAGACUUAGUUCAAUCCUGACCUCGGGUGUUGUCUGUGUGGAGUUUACAUGUUCUCCCUGUGACCACAUUGGUUUCUUCUGGGUGCUCUGGUUUCCUCCCGCAUCCCAAAAACAUGCAGGUUGGUAGGUUAAAUGGCUGCUGUAAAUUGCUCCUAGUUUGUUAUUGAUAGACCAUGGGGGGAGAGUUGAUGGGAAUGUGGGGAGAAUAAAAGAAGAUGAAGUUAAUGUAGGAUUAGUGUAAAUGGAUGCUUGAUGGUCAGUGUUGACUUGGUUGGCCAAAGGGCCUGUUUCCAUGCUGGAUCUCUGACUCUGAGAAUAGCCCUAAGUGUAGAGGCCACUAGAGGAGUCAAGUGAUGGUUCUGGGCACUGUAAGGUUCAAGUAAUGGCAUCUUGUGAAGACAAUAAACUGUUAAUCUCCUGCAACGCACACAAAAUGCUGGAGGAACUCAGCAGGUCAGGCAGCAUCAAUGGAGGGAAAUUAACUGUUGACCUUUUGGCCGAGACCCUUCAUCAGGACUCAGUCUCUUGCCACGUUGAAUAUCGCCAUUGGUAAGGGGAAAUCCCUUAGAAGAUUUAUACCAAUCACACAAUUUCUCAACGUAUACCUGAUUUAUUUUCUCAAUCACUUGUGUUUUCAUAGAAAUGAGUGUUCGCCUUUUAACAAAAUUCUUCCAUCACAAUAUUCUGCUGCAUUUUUGCCCCCCUUUUUUUUAAAGAAAGGAUUCUUCCUAAAACUAUUUCAGGGGUAUAAACUAAAAACAGAGAAGCUAUGAGAGAGAAGAUUAUGAUUAACCACUUGAUUCACCAGUCGGUUUAUUCAGUAUUAUUAAGUGCAAAGGAAAAUCAAAGAUGAGCUUCCCUUGAAAUUUGAGACAUUUUUUUCAAACGGCCUCAGACUGUUGUCUGAUGGCCUCAAUUGAUUGUCUGGUGAUCGUGUGAGUAACCAAUGGCAGGGGUAGGGGACCAAGAGGUCAUGUGCUGAAACCCCCAGAAGUAUAUCUUGCCAUAAUGAAAUAUAGUCAACUGAAUUGGCAGACAGACUGGUAUCAUGAAGUUAUUUCACAGGGGAUUUUAUUUUUACCACACAACGUACAAAUUCUGAGCAGGUAAAACAGCAUCUGUGGAAAUACAGUUAAAAUUCCAGGUCAAUGAUCUUUCAUCAUAACUGAGAAGUUCUGAUUAAUCAACACACCUCAGUAUUCAGUUUUUGUCUUGUAUGAUAUUCUGUUUCUCCCAUGUACACCAUUGGGAGCCAUCAGAUCUUUCUUGUACACAUUCAAGUCUUGCAUGUCCAAUUGUUGCUUCCAAGUUAAAGGGAUUGUGGGCUUGCAGCAGAUAAGCAGGGAGACACAUUAAAAGAUAAGAGUGCAAGUAUUUUCAGCUGGCCACUGAGUAAUACAGUCUAGUUUCCCUCCUGUAUUAAACAAAAACACAAUGCUGGAAACACUCAGCCGCUCCUAUAGCAUCUGUAGAGAAACCGUGUUAAAGUGUUGUGUUUAUGACCUUUCAUUAAUAAUAGAAAAUAGAAUUUGAGCAUGGUUUUAGUUGCAGGGAAGGUGGAGAGAUCGAAGGGAAUGAGUGAGUGGGAUGGAGAAUUAAGAUGAGAGGCAAUUGGAAGCUUGGUGUCAAGGGAGAUUGAUUGCCUAUGGUGAUGAAGGGUUGUUGAUCACAGCUGAACUGUGAAGGAGAUGCAAAUGGGGAUGAGAACCUAUAUGAGAGAGGGGAAAAUAAACACCAGAACUGAGAGAGACAAGUGAGCUAUCAGAACUAGCCAGAUAUCAGAACUGCUGAUUAUCUUAAAUUAUCGAAUUCGAUGAGUUCCAAGCACUGUAAUACGUCCAGUCAGAGGAUGAGAUGCUGUUUCUUGAGCUUCAUUAGAAGAAUGUUAAAGGCCAGAAACAAAAGUCUUGAGUGGGAUGGAGAGUUAAGAUGACAGGCAGUUGGAAGCCCAGGGUCACCCGUGAAGACUGAACAGAGGUAUUGCAUGGUACAGUCACCCAGUCUGGAUUUGGUUUAUCCAAUAUUGAUCAAACCAUAAUGUGAGCAUCAAGUGCAGUAGACCAAGUUGGCAGUGCAUGCUGUAUCGCUCUGACUGCAAGUAAAGGGGGAGUGUUUGCAUCUCUAGAUGGUGGGAAUAAGGUUAGGUGCUACAUCUCGUGUGGCUGCAAGGGACGGUGCUAUAGAAAGAGCGGUGGAUGUUGGUGGCGAUGGAAGAGUGAACCAGAGUCACGGAACAAAUGGUCCUUUCCGAGUGCUGCAAGUGGAGGGGCUGGGAUGAUUCAUUCUGUGGUGGUAUCAUGUUUAAGGUGGCAGAAGAUAUGGAGUGUGAUCUGUUGAAUGUGGAGGCUGGUGAGACAGAAAGUGAGGGCAAUAAGGACCCUGUCCUUGCUCUGGGUGGGAAGAGACCACGUAAGAACUGAUUUGCAGGAAAUGAAACACAUGCAGUUGAGAGCUCUGUUGACUAUGAUGGGAAUCGAGGCCAUAGCUGAGGAAGAGGAAGGCUCCUUGGCAGCAUUGGUGUGGAAGGUGUCACCAGAGUGGAUGUGAUGGCGCCAGAGAAAUUGGGAGAAUGAAAUGGAAUCCUUGCAGAAAGCAGGGUGGGAUGAGGCCUAGUUAAGAUAGCUGCGGUGGUCUGUGGUUUUAAUCCUUCCUACGUCUUUACUGUAGGUCAUUAUGCUGCUGGUGCAAUGCAGUAUAAAAGCAAAUACCUCUAUCAUAUCUCUCACCGCUCUUGCAAUACGGGCACCAAUGUAGUACCACAUUAAAACCCUUUCCAUCUUGACUUUUAAUGCAGGGUAAAAUGACCUUAGUUCUACACUUUGAUCUUGUAUUUCGGGAAUGUAAUUGGUGCUAAAGAGCUUUGUUGGAGCAAGGUUGAGGGAGCUUUUCCUCACACUUAACCAUUGCACCCCAACUUAGGAAUGUAUGAUGAUGAUGCGGAAGCAACUUAGAUUUUAGAAACAGUAGAAACAUCUUCCAUAUGGAAAUUUUUUUAAAAAGUUGGAAAAUUCUAUGAGUUAUUAGUUGAAUUAUUAUUCCUUUUCUCUAUGAUCUGUAACCAUCACAGAAAGGCAAUGAAAGAUUAAAUGUAGGUAUUACCAAGAUGAGAGCUAUCUUAAUUCACAGUUCUAAUGUUUAAUAUUAUGUUCAUCACUUGAAGAUCGGCUAAAGAUUAAUGCCUCAAAAUACUUGUCCAAAUUUGGAUGCAGUUAUAGUACAUUUUUAUACAAAAGUAUUAGCGUGCAAAUGAUUGCUGACCAAUGCACUGACCGCAAAAUGUGAGAAUUCAGUUAGGUGUGAUGAAUCCUGUGGCUUGAUCAAUGAAUAUAUAUGUAACUGGAGUAAUUUAAUUGACAGAGGUCUAUACAGUGGUAUUCAAUGGGAAGUGGAUUAAACAGUAGAAGUCCUUUCAUUUGGAGUGAAUGGGAAGUGGCUGGGUCCAUGGAAUUCCAUACAUUGAGACUUAAGGUUCAGUGACUUCACUGCAAUACUGGAUGCUGGUUUGAUCUGUAUUUAUUUGAAGCUCCAGCCUUCAGUAUGCCACAGGCUGUGUAUUAAUAAGGUAAGAUGGCAAGCUGUAACCUGCUUUUUAAUAACAUUUAUUGUACCACAUUUGGGCUGGUAUAAGCAAGUCACUAAACAAAUUAUCAGUGGGAUAAGAAUGUAAAGGAGAAAUGACUCAUCUAGAUUUCAGAUAAUGAUGAUAUUUCAGAUAAUAUUCAGUGAUAGGAAACAAAAUAUAGCUUUACUACAAGUAUCAACUUUCAGCAGUUUCUCCAUUUACAAAUUACAUAGCUCUGGGAUUCCAGUUAUUAAGAGAAUGUUUUUGUGCUCUGUCCUGCUGAAGAUGGGCUCAAAGAACUGAAAAAAAAAUUGGGUUUAGUGUGUGUGCCAAAAUUCAGUUUGGCCAUUCAGUAAAAUCCAUCGUCUUUUAUCUUACACUUCUCUUACCCCUGACAAGGCAUGAAAGUGAUGCCUGCACUUUUACCUGCAAUCUCUAAGGAAAGGUGUUUUUUUUUUCUUAAAGCUACUUUAAAACAGAAUAAUUUAAAGCAUUUUUAGGCUAAUAUGUAUAUAUAGUUCUUAUUUGGCUUAACUACUGUCAAUUUAAAUUUAGUUCAGAGAGGUGGGGGUGGAGAUUAUCAUACAAGUCCAGGUUCUUUGCUGAUGGCUUGUCGCUGUUGCCUUACAUGUAUAUCAGUGUCAUCUCUGUUGUUCAUGCAGAUCUGCAUUUUUAAUAUCAUAACAGUUUUGUACAAAAUACUUGUGCAUAAAUUUUUUUCCAGCUGCUGCUUAUAUUGACUGAUACUUGUAAAGUUUGUGUAUCACAUAGCCUGUGACUAUUAAAAAGACAAGUUUUUUC